GCCGCUGGAUGGGUGGUGGCGCCGAGCUUUUCCUUCUUCAAGCAACAGACAUAUUUUUCCUCCCCUUCCCUGUCCGCUUCGCUCGCCAGCCAGCCGCUCUGCUCCCCCCCUCUCCCUCUCCCCCACCUUCGUCGUGCUCGCCGCCAGCCCGGGACAGCGCCGCCCCAGCUCGCCGGGAGGACAGCAAGCAAUGGAGCCGGGCCUCCUCCCCGUCCCCGUCCCCGCGGCGCGCGUGUAGGGUUCGCGGCUCCUCCUUGCUCCUCCGGCCCUCCCCUGCAAGAGGUGCGGAUCGUUUCUUGGCUUGUUGACCGGCCCUUCCCGCCCGGAUCUCGCGCUUCCGAGGCCCCUCCUGCGGCUCGGCUGGCUCCCGCCGCCCGCUGCUGCCGCUGCUUUCGGGGGUGUCUUGAUCCGCGAGGAUGGCGAUGACGGCCUACAGCAACCAGGCGCAGGCGAUGAUGAGGGACUACCUGCUGGCCGACCCGCUCGUCCCCUACACCUCCGUGCUCAUCGGCGUCUUCCUCUGCAAGAUGGCUUACGAUCUCACACGGAUACUGAGCUCAUUCUACUUCAAGGGCUAUUCUUCUUUGACAAAAAUACAGCGUGUUGAAUGGAACAACAGGGGUAUGUCCAGUGCACAUGCGAUCUUCAUCGCAGCAGUAUCAGUAUAUCUUGUUGCAUCUACGGAUCUUUUCUCAGAUCAACUUAAUGGGCCUAUUACAUUCCGCAGUUCGAUCAUCUCCACCUCUGCAUUAGGGGUUUCUGUGGGUUACUUCAUCACUGAUCUUGCAAUGAUCUUCUGGUUGUUUCCUUCCCUUGGUGGAAUGGAAUAUGUACUCCAUCAUACUCUUUCUCUGGUUGCAAUAGCUUACACAAUGUUGUCAGGGGAGGGGCAGUUUUACACAUACAUGAUUCUUAUUUCAGAAACAACCACCCCUGAAAUCAACAUGAGAUGGUUCCUUGACACCGCUGGACUGAAGAAGUCGAGCGCCUACCUGAUUAAUGGUAUUUUGAUAUUUGUUGUAUGGCUGGUGGCAAGGAUAUUUUUGUUCCUGUAUGUAUUUUACCACAUCUAUUUGCACUACAGCCAGAUAAUGAAGAUGCACGCAUUUGGUUAUUACCUGACACUGACCGUGCCGUCGGUGCUCUUUGUCAUGAACGCAAUGUGGUUUACGAAGAUUUUGAAAGGGGUAAUGAAAACACUGUCGAAAUGGUCGUAAAUCGGAUUAGGCUCUGCGGACCAGAAGUACAACGUAACUGGGUGUUCCUGCCGUGCUGCACUGCGUGUGACCUGAAUGUGUAAAGUUAUGAAUAUAUGAAUUAGGCUUUGCGGACCGGAAGUACAACGCCAACUUGCUUGGUGUUCCUGCACUGCUGCUUGAGACCUUGAUGUGCAAAGUUAUGAACAUAUCAGCGUAACUAGGGAAAGUGAAUAUGUAUAAUACUAGCAAACAAGUUAGAUUAGGCUAAAUCGCUCUAUUUUCCGGUGAGCUGGGAUUUCCUGGCCAGUUUGGCAUGUACUGAAGUUCCUCUUCCAAUCCUGCAAUCUGUGUAUACCAGGCCAGGAGAUAAUUCCAUUGCAUCUCUUAUUCAUACUAAAUUUUGAUGAUCUAA